CUGUUUAUUUGUACCUUGACCGUUCGAUUCGACUGGACAUUAUUUUUGUCAUAACAUGAAUAUGGACAAGUGGGUGCAGUUGAACAACCAGGUUGCUGGUCGGGAUAAACUAGCUAGACUAAUUCAAUAUGCGUCGCGAGCAAUGUGGGACUCGUUGGAGGCUUCCAACUCCAGUCCUGCUUUGGUGGACAACUUCAAGACAGUGGAGUACAUCCUGAGCACAUUCCGAAAGCUGCUUCGAUUUGGAAAAUGUUUGGACGUGUUCUAUGGAACUCUCCGGACAAUUCACUAUCCAGACCUCACCAUUCGGGUCACUCUGACCCUGGCCAAGCUGUCGCAGUCGCUGUUCCUGUUAGCUGAUCACUUCCUGUGGAUGGCGAGGACGGGUCUGACAAAUGUGAACGCAAAGCGUUGGUCCAACCUGGCCAACAAGUACUGGCUCUUCUCGAUCGUCAUGAACCUGUGCCGGGACUUUUAUGAGAUAGUGAGGGUCCUGGAGCUUCACAAGUCGGGCUGCAGGAGCGGCAUAUCACGCUGCAAAUUGCCAACCAGCAUUAAUAGCCCGCAGGACUUCAAACGCUUGGCCCUGCAGUCGUAUGUCAUGAUUCAGGGACACAAGGACAUUGUAGUGGACACAGUUAAGAAUAUGUGCGACUUCUUCAUCCCCCUCACGGCCCUGGGCUACACUAGUCUGACCCCACGGACGAUCGGCCUGCUUGGAGCCAUUUCAUCGUUGGCCGGACUUUGGGCACUGCUAGAACCAAAGGCCAAGCUGACGCCCGCAUAAUACUGAAUGACCUAAUAUUUUAAUCUCUGUAUAUUUUUACCUGUGCCUCAACUUCAUUCCCCUCAUUAUCUGCAAAGAUAUGUUAACGGUUGUAUUUGUACUUGUGCUUGUGAAUUGGAUUAAGUUUGAAAGAUAUGAUAUGAAAAUUAACGAUUUUAUGAACCA